AUGGCCCGCUGGCCGGGCGGAACCGGGGGCCCCCGCUGCCGCCGCUCCUGCCGCCGACCCGCGCUUCGGCGCUUCCCUGCGGCCGGGCUGGGGCCCGUGACGUGGCCCGCGGCUGACCCAGGUUGCCGCGAGCUGAUCUUCGACGGCAACGGGGGGGGCGGCAUCUGGUCGCCUCUGCCGUGGGAGACCGGCUGCUGGGCCCAGGGAGUGGAGGCGCAG